AAAGUGAAAUUUCUGAAAAAACAGCUGGGUAUAUUUUACGAAUCAUUGUGGUUAUUGCUGGUAUUUUACUUCUUUCGAUUGCUUACAUUGUAGAGCUCUUAGGUGAUAUUUUUCCUUUAGUCAUGAGUGUGACUGCAGUUGUAGAUGGACCGGCGGUUGGUUUAUUUGCAUCAGGAGUGUUGAUUCCAAAAAUGAAUGCCAAGGGAGCUUUUGGUGGAGCUAUUUUGCCCGCAAUUGUUACAAUUCAUAAACCUUUGUUAAUCGAUGGAUGUGAUAAUCAAACGAUUUGGACAAACUCUUCUCUAAUUAGCCUUAACAAUACUUCACAUGACUUAACAACAGGGAGCAAACCAUUUUUUAUUUUUCGUCUUUCACAUAACUACCAGUGUUUAUUUGGAGCAGUUGUAAUGAUAAUUAUCGGUGUAAUUAUAAGUCAUUUCGCCAAGAAGGAUAAUCUACCAGUUGACAAAAUGUUAUUCAGUCCUGUUAUUCAUCGAUUUCUAUCUGAAACUUCAAGAGUUACAAGAACUUAUGGCAGGUCACAAAAAAAAAUGGAAUGAAACAAAAUAAUAAUUUUGUUCCACUAAUUACAUUAAUUAAAGUAUUGUAACUUUGCAGUUUGAAUUCAAUGGAGGCAUUUAAAAAUAAUUCAUAAUAAUUCAACUUAAACUGAGAAAAUUGUUCAUAACGUGUGAUUGUCAUACUUUAAGACACUUUUUAAAAUAACCCUACGUUGCGUCUCGAAACCUUACAACACUGCUGAAUUGACAAUGGUAUUGGACCCUUGGUCUCUUUAAUGGGCAAAAACCGUUCUUUUUCGGCAAGCUUCUUUCUAACGCCCUGUUCAAGUGGAAGCAUUGUUACUUAUUAGCUACCGCGACUUUGGUGAUCACUGCCCGAAGUUUAACUUUUCACCUCGCGUUACAAAAAAAAAAAACUAAACAUUUUACCAGACGAAUCAUCCAUUAAAAAAUGAACAAACUCCUUACAAAUUAACAAGAAUCAUGAUUUAUAUGAUGAAAACAACAUACAAAACCUAAUUUGCGUGUAAUAUCGAUACAGAAUUUAUUUUUGUUGUAAGUCACGUCUUGCUCAAUCUUAGUCACCGUAUUCACAUCGGCAGCCUUCUCCAAGCGAAGCUCCCCUCGACGACGCUUCCUUCUUUUUCCCGCUAGGAAGCCCCCGCGUGUAGACGACAUCAUGAAAGUUUAAAAUUUAUGCAAUGUCCAAAACAUAUAAAAAAAAUCGUUUGCUAAGACCUACUA